AUGAUAGAUGACAAGGCAGAGGCCCUGGCGAGCGAUACACAUGUCGCAACGGCAGAUCUCUCCGAGAAGGCGAGCGAGCUCCCGCUCGAAGCCAGCCUGUCUCCCGAAGAAUACAAGCAGCUCGAGCGCCGCGCACGCCUCAAGGUCGACUUGCAGGUCGUGCCGCUGUGCCUUAUUCUGUACCUGCUCUCGUUUCUCGAUCGCACCAACAUUGGUCAGGCGAACCUGGAGGGCACGCGGCGGCCUGACGGCUCGAUCCAGAACCCGGGCCUGUCGCAGGACCUGGGGCUCUCGGCGCACGACUACGCCAUUGCGCUGACGAUCCUAUACCCCCCGUAUAUUGCGCUGGAGAUCCCAUCGAAUCUGCUGCUGAAGCGCAUUGGCCCACGCUUUUGGAUCCCCAUGCUGGUCUUGUGCUGGGGCGUGGUCUCGACACUGCAGGGCCUCGUGCACAACCGAGCGGGCCUCCUCGCCGACCGUUUCUUCCUCGGCGCGACCGAGGCCGGUAUCCUGCCUGGUAUUGCCGUGUACCUCACAUUCUUUUACAAGCCGCGUGAGCUGCAGCUGCGGCAGGCGCUCUUCUUCACCGGCGCGUCCCUGAGUGGUGCUUUCUCGGGCCUGCUCGCGGCGGCGAUCCGCAAGAUGGACAACUUACCGACAGGGCAUGCCGGCUGGCACUGGAUCUUUAUCCUGGAAGGUAUUUUUACCGUCCUCGUCGGGUUUGCCUGCCUGUUCCUGCUGCCCAACGACAUCAAGGGGUGCUGGGGCCUCACGCCCAUCGAGCGCCGCCUGCUGGAGGAGCGUCUGCAGGCGUCGUCCAACCACUAUGUGGAGCGCCAGCCGCUGCAAGAAAAGCUCCUGGAGCAGACGGCGGAGGAUGCCGAGACGACCGUGAGCAAGCCGGGAAGCCACUGGCGGCGCGAUACGCUGCGCACCUUCACCGAUCCGCGCCUGCUGCUCAUGUGCUGUGCUGGCUUUUGCUGCGCGGUGCCCGUGUACUCGAUUGCAUACUUCUCGCCCGCCAUUGUGCAGAAUAUCGGCAACUACACGACCAUCAGGACAAUGCUCAUGUCCUGCCCGCCCUUUGCCAUCUCGUUCGUGUACGCAGUGGCCAUGUCGCUACUGUCCGACUACCUGCAGCUGCGUUUUGUCACGGCGUUCCCGGGCAUGCUCCUUUCGGUCAUUGGUUUUGCCGUUAUCUACGCCGCGGAGGGCUCUAUGACACGCUACGGCGGCCUGAUCAUGCUGACGUGCGGUGCGUAUUCGCUGCCGCCCGUGCUGUUCGCAUGGCUCGCGAACAACUCAGCAGGGCACUACAAGCGCGCAACGGGUCUCGCGCUUAUGAUCGUGUUCACCAACUGCGGCGGUCUCACAUCCUCGUGGCUCUUUCCCGCGGCUGAAAAGCCUAAGUAUACCCGAGGGCUCGCCACCAAUAUCGCCAUGUCAAGUCUCGGCGCCCUCCUCAUCGUGGUUAUCGAGCUGCUCAUUUACUACGAGCGCCAGCUGCGCGCUCGCGGUAAGCGCGAUGAACGGGUGCUCACGCUGCAUCGCGAUACACAGUGGCAGAGGGCCCAGCUGCGCGAGUACCUCGGCGACGAUCACCCAGAAUAUAGGCUCGAGAUCGAACUUCCACUGCAUGAGACGCUGUCCCCUGAAGAGUACAAGCGGCUAGAGCGCCGCGCACGCUUCAAGGUCGACUUGCAGAUCGUGCCGCUGUGCCUGUUAUUGUACCUGCUUUCGUUUCUCGAUCGCACGAAUAUCGGACAUGCCAACCUGGAGGGCACGAGGCAGCCGGACGGCUCGAUUCAGAACCCCGGUUUGUCGCAGGACCUGGGGCUCUCGGCGCACGACUAUGCCGUGGCGCUCACCGUGCUAUACCCGCCCUAUAUCGUGCUGGAAAUCCCGUCGAACCUCGUGCUCAGACACAUCGGCGCGCGGUUCUGGAUUCCCUUCCUGGUAGUUUGCUGGGGGAUUGUGUCGACACUGCAGGGAAUUGUCACGUCGAAAGCAGGACUCCUGGUCGACCGUAUUUUCCUCGGUGCUACUGAGGCUGGGAUUCUCCCGGCCAUUGCCGUGUACUUGACCUUUUUCUACCGGCCGCAGGAGAUGCAGCUGCGCCAGACGGUCUUCUUCACCGGCGCCUCUCUCGCCGGCGCUUUCUCAGGUCUGCUCGCGGCCGCCAUUCGCAAAAUGGACAAUAUGCCGACGGGCCAUGCGGGCUGGCGCUGGAUCUUUAUUCUCGAGGGCAUCUUCACCGUGAUCGUGGGCGUAGUGUCGUGGUUCCUGCUCCCCAACAACCUCUCCGAGUGCUGGGGGCUCACAGCGCUCGAGCGCCGCCUCCUCCAGGAGCGACUGCUGCUGCGGUCGAACCACUACAUCGAACGCCCGGAGCUGCAAGAGAAGCUCCAUGGUGCCCCCUACGCCGGCGACGAGGGCCGCGCGCCGCCGCCGAACCUCUGGCGCCGUGAUACGCUGCGUGCGCUGUGCGAUGUGCGGGUAUGGCUCAUGUGCUGCGCAGGCUUCUGCUGCUCCAUGCCGCUGUACUCGAUGGCCUACUUUUCACCGGUCAUUGUGCAGGACAUUGGCGAUUACACAUCCGUCAAGGCCAUGCUCAUGACCUGCCCUAUCUUUGCUGCCUCGUUCGGGUACAGCGUGCUCAUGUCGCUCGUGUCAGAUCGCCUACGCAACCGCUUCGUUACGGCGCUGCCCGGCAUGCUGCUCUCAGUGAUUGGGCUGGCCGUGGUCUAUGCAGCCGAAGGCUCCAUGACGCGCUACGGUGGCCUCAUUAUGAUGGCGUGCGGCUGCUACUCGGUGCCGCCGCUGCUCUUUACGUGGCUCGCCAACAACUCGGCCGGCCACUUCAAGCGCGCCACCGGCCUGGCAAUGAUUAUCCUCACGGACAACUGCGGUGGCCUUGCAUCCUCGUGGCUAUUCAACAAGUCAGAGAAACCCAAAUACACGCGCGGAUUGGCCUCGAACCUGGCCGUAUCAGCGCUCGGCGUGCUGGUCGUCAUACUCAUUGAAAUCCUUGUAUACUAUGAACGAUCUAUGCGUGCGCGCGGAAAGCGCGACGAGCGGGCGUUGCAGCUGCAGCGCAGCACCCACUGGACGCCCGAGGAGGUCCGUGAGUACCUUGGUGACGACCAUCCCGAGUACCGUCUCGAGCUAUAA